CUCAUUGCACUCUGGGAAUCGUGGUAAUCGGCCUGAUGUCGCUCUAGGGAGGACUACAUUUCCCAAAAAAGCCUGCAAAGCCCUCGCGCGCAUCCGCCGGAAGUGGUCUGCGACACGAGGUGCUGCGAGUGCGAGCCACCCCAGUUAUAGGUUGCCAGUUCGGUGGUCAGGACAAUGCCCAAGGCCAAGGGGAAGACCAGGAGACAGAAGUUCGGUUACAAUGUUAACCGGAAGCGUCUGAACCGGAAUGCUAGACGGAAAGCAGCGCCACGGAUCGAGUGCUCCCACAUCCGACAUGCCUGGGACCAUGCCAGAUCCGUGCGGCAGAACCUGGCCGAGAUGGGGUUGGCUAUGGACCCCAACAAGGCGGUGCCCCUCCGUAAGAGAAAGGUAAAGGCCAUGGAGGUGGACGUAGAGGAGAGGCCUAAGGAGCUUGUACGGAAGCCCUAUGUGCUAAAUGGUGGGUGCUGGCCACAUUCCUCUAGGUCACCAUCCUGCACAGUCAGGGCUAGAAAGGGCCCUCAGGUGUCUUCAUUUUACAGAUGGAAAAAAACAGCCUCAGAGGGAAGAAGGGAGCUGGUCUGGGGCUCACAAAGUUAAGACUGUGUCUAUGACUGGGACAUUUUCAGUCUACUUACUAAACUCACACGUGUGAAGUAAGGUCAGAGAUGUUCAGGGAGGAUGCAGCCAGGGGCUUGAGAGGAUAGAAAUGAAACCAGUGAGUCUCAAGCACGUGUUCAGCUUGUCAUGAAUUUAAGGAUGAACAGAUUUUUAUAGAGAUUCCACCAUCUCAUGUAAUCUUUUCAGUGACAAAUCAAUUUCAUGUAUAUUAAUGCUAUAGAGACUGAAUAUUAAAACAGAGCAGAGUAAAUUCUGCAGGGAAGCAGGAAUACUCCGAAAUUCCCCACCCAUCUUCCUCUUACCUGUCCAAGAUGUUUAAUGGUUCUCCUGAAGUUAAAAGGGUUUUAAAUGGCCAGACAUUUGAUAGAGAAUUCCUUGAGUUCCUAUCAGUGAUUCUCAUAAGAAUUACUACACAGGAUUGCAUAAAUAAAGUAAGGUGUACUUAUUGUCAAAUUUUAAAACUUUCUCAUUCUUUAAAGAAUUUUUAAAAUUCGUGGUAAAAAACAUACCACAUAAAGUUUAUCAUCUUAAUCAUUUUUAACUAUAUAGCUCAGUAGUGCUAAGUAUGUUUAUGUUGUCAUGCAUUAGAUGUCCAGAACUUUUUCAUCUUCAAAAGUGGAACUCUACCCAUUAAACAACUCCCCAUUUCCCUGCCUCCCCACCCCCAGCCCCUGGCAACCAAGUCAAAGAUAAUUUUGACUAUAAGCAAUUUAGCACUUAACCCCUGGAUAACAUUUGACCAGCUUGUUUCCAUGAGUUGUUUUUCUCCUAGUUGAGAAAUGGGGAGUAUUUGCCUAGCUAUUUAAUUUAAUUAAUUUUAAAGAUUU